AGCACCCAAAACAUUCAGAAGUCGAAUCAAACACUCGUUGCGCCUAUUGUUUGAGCCAAUAAUCUCAGUUGUUGCGAAAGAUGACUACUCAAGACGUAGAGAUGAUAGAGCAGGCAGUAGCAGCUCCUUCCAAUUCUGUCUCCUCAACUGGCGGCCCCUCUGUCUUGCACCAUUUGAAGGAGAUAGCAUCUCUGAUUGAGAGUGGGGCAUAUGCUCGUGAGGUCCGGAGGAUAGCCAGAGCCGUGAGGCUGACUAUGGCACUGAGGAAGAAGCUAAAAGGUUCUGUACUCUCUGCUUUCCUCAAUUAUGCUCUUGUGCCUAGAUCAGAGGUGCAUUCGCGGCUAUCUUCAUAUCUACCCACGGAAGAUGAGCAUGAUAUGGAAGUUGAUACUGCAACAUCUGCAUCUCAAGCCCCUGCAAAACAUCCUUUGCCAGAGCUUGAGAUCUAUUGCUACUUGCUUGUUCUGAUAUUUUUAAUCGACCAGAAGAAAUACAAUGAGGCUAAGGCAUGUUCCUCAGCAAGCAUAGCUCGUCUAAAAACUGUCAACAGGAGGACUGUUGAUGUACUAGCAUCAAGGCUCUACUUUUACUACUCUCUGUGCUAUGAACUAACUGGUGAUCUUGCUGAAAUUAGGGGUAUUCUCCUUGGGUUGCACCGGAUUGCGACGCUGCGCCAUGACGAAUUGGGUCAGGAAACGCUUCUAAAUCUAUUGCUGCGGAAUUACCUUCACUACAACUUGUAUGAUCAAGCAGAAAAAUUGAGGUCAAAGGCCCCCCAUUUUGAAGCUCAUUCAAAUCAGCAGUUCUGCCGAUACCUCUUCUACCAUGGAAAGAUCAGGACAAUCCAGUUGGAGUAUACAGAUGCCAAAGAAUCUCUUCUUCAAGCUGCUCGUAAAGCUCCUCUAGCCGCGCUUGGUUUCCGAGUUCAAUGCAAUAAGUGGGCUAUUAUAGUCCGCUUACUGCUUGGGGAGAUCCCGGAGAGGACUGUUUUUAUGCAGAAAGGCAUGGAGAAAGCAUUAAGGCCAUAUUUUGAGCUGACAAAUGCUGUUCGCGUUGGAGAUUUGGAGCUAUUUAGAAAGGUUGCGGACAAGUUUUCAAGCACUUUCAGUUCAGAUGGGACUAACAAUUUGAUUGUCAGACUCCGGCAUAAUGUCAUUCGGACUGGGCUCCGCAACAUCAGUAUUUCAUACUCUAGGAUCUCAUUGGCUGAUGUGGCAAAGAAGCUGAGAUUGGAUUCUCCAAAUCCUGUUGCUGAUGCUGAGAGUAUCGUGUCAAAAGCAAUUCGAGAUGGUGCAAUUGAUGCCACAUUGGAUCAUGCUAAUGGAUGGAUGGUGUCAAAGGAAACUGGUGACAUUUACUCCACAAAUGAGCCUCAAAUUGCUUUUAACUCAAGAAUUGCCUUCUGUCUGAAUAUGCAUAAUGAAGCAGUCCGCGCUCUUCGAUUUCCUCCGAAUUCUCACAAGGAGAAAGAAAGUGCUGAGAAGAGGAGAGAGAGACAACAACAAGAACAAGAACUUGCUAAGCACAUAGCUGAAGAGGACGACGACGACUUCUGAUGGAACUAAUGAUCAGCAUUGGGGUUGCACAUGUGGUGGCAUGCUUUAUUUAAGAAUUCUCUUCAGAGAAUAUGAUCACAUAUACAUUUCAUAUGCAAUUUCCUUUGAUCUUCUGGUUCUUGCAAUCUGACAUCAGGUUUCUUGAUUACUGCUGUUUAAAUCUCUCUUUAAUCGUACAUCUCUCCUGCUUGUUUGAGCCAUGUCCAUGGGCAAAAGAUUGCUAUCCUUACACACUUAUCUUUAGUUUGGGUGGGGGGUGGGGAUCAGUUGAAAUGCUUGUGAUGGAAGAGAGUUUUCGAAUAGAUCUUAUUUGGAUAAUGCAUCAAAAAUUCAUUUGUCAACUUUUAAUA